UAGUCAGGAUGGACAGCGUUCAAGGUCAAUAUAUGCGUAUCAAUCACUUCCUAAUGUAUCUCAUCGGUCAAUGGCCGUAUCAGGAGAAUUGGGAAAAAGCUUUGAUCCAAAUCGUCUUCGCGCCCUUGGUUUUCGCCCAAGCGGUCAUCCAGGGCGGCGGUAUGAUCACCGCUUUGUUGGCAGGUGACAUUGACGUAGCUAUGGAAAGUUCGUCACCAUUCGUGAUUAGUUUAAUGUGUAUUUGCAAGUACAUUAAUUAUACGUACAAUCAUAAGCAGAUGAAGAGGCUCACAGUUAUAAUGACGGACGACUGGAAUAUGCAUUCGAAGUCUAGUCAAGAAUAUGAUAUUCUUUGCAGGAAUUACGAGAUUGGCAGAAAAAUCACGAUUGGUUACGCAGCUUCCCUCUACGGCUCUAUGACCCCUUUUCUGGUCGUGCCGGUAAUAUUAAACACAGCUAGCUAUAUGGGAUUAUACAACGUCUCUGAAGGGAGACCUGUAAUGUUCCGUUCGGACUAUCUCCUGGAUGUCGAAAAGUAUUACUAUCCACUAUUGGUGCAUUCGUAUAUCGGUACUCUUGGAUUCGUCUCAAUAGUCGUAGCAAUCGACUCGAUGUUGGUGUUUCACGUUCAGCACGAGUGCGGCAUGUGCGAAAUACUCGGAUAUCGGCUAGCACGGAUUGUUGACGCGACUACUUUAGACACAGAUUUGCGUCCGAGUAGAGAAGAGGAUAUAGCAUACAAACACGCUAAAGAUUGUGUCAUCAUGCAUAACCACAUAAUAGAAUAUGCUAAAAGCCUCGAGAACGCGAAUACGACAUCAUACUUUUUUCAAUUAGGUUUCAACAUGAUUGGCAUGACUUUUACGAUAUUCCAGGCGGUGGUAAAGUUGACUGAUCCGAAGCAAGCGUUGCGAUACGCAUCGUUCACGGUGACCCUUCUUUCCGUUCUUUUUCUCGAAAGCUGGCCGGGUCAGCAGUUAUCGGAUUAUACCGAUAAAAUUUUCGCAUUCAUAACCAGCGGAAGAUGGUAUCAAUCUUCGUUAAGAGUACGAAGGAUAAUCAGUAUUAUGCUAAUAAGAAGUUACAAGCCAAUUAGGAUAACUGCGGGCAAACUAUACACCUUAAACUUGGAGAACUUUUCUUCAGUCGUGCGCACAUCGUUCUCUUACUUCACGGUUCUCUGUUCAAUGCAUUAGUAUUUGUUAUGAUUAGUAAAACAUAAGGAUUAUCAUCAAUGAUAGUCUAACUGCGAGCAAUAAACCUUUUCCCUCCCAUUUCUUCGAUAACUUUCGUGAGUUACAUACACAAGCAAGCGCAAAUUAAUAUGUACCUACAAGAAUUAACCGCUAUAUUUAAUAAUAAUUGUAAAUAUGUGAUUAUUUCGUUAUAAUGAAAUUUUGCAGAGCAUGCGCAACAUACAUAAACAGACAUAAACACAUUGUUUUAGGUAUUCAAAAAAUCUUGUGAGAAAUCUUGUGAGUGAGAAAAGCUUUAGAUGUUAUGUUUUAUGUUUUAGCACUGAAGCAGAUUGUCGAUACUUGUUCCAGUGACAAAUUCAAAGAAAUUAUUAGAUUUUCUGUUCGCGACAUUUGUAAAUUUAAUUCUUAGAGAAUACUGAAUUUAUAUGUCAUCCGUAUAUAGAUCGUUUACUUAUAUGUUGGGUACAACGCAAUAAAUAAUUCGCGAAGGUUAUAGAUUAA